AUGGAGUCUCUUCUUCAAAGUCAGGGAACGAAACUCUUCCGCAAACAUCUUCAACAGUAUGCUCCCGAGGACCCCAUGUACGAGAUGUACACAGACUCGCGCGGGAGACAGAAACGGAGAAGACGUCAAAUCCCUCCCGGUCUCUCCGCGCGCGAUGCCAAGAUACUGAAGUCCGUGCAGAGGCGCGCCCAUUACCUUGACAAGGGAUUCUCUGUUUGCGGCUUUAAAUUUGGAUGGACCGCAAUUAUAGGUAUAAUUCCUGGUGCUGGUGAUGUUGCAGAUGUCGGCCUCAACUAUUUUCUGGUGGUCCGCAAAGCCCGCCAAGCAGACUUGCCUUGGUGGCUCGUCCGCCAGAUGCUUCUUAAUAAUGCAGUGUCUGCUUGCGUGGGGCUGAUUCCGAUCGGCGGUGACCUCGUCCUCGCGAUGUACAAGGCAAACUCACGCAACGCUGCUCUCCUUGAGGAGUUUCUGCGCAUCCGUGGUGAAGAGUUCCUCAAAGUGCAAGCGAAAGAGCAAGAAGGAGGGCAGAGGCCGACAGCCGAUGCGCCACCCCAGAACGACAUCGAACAGGUGAACCCCGGACACGGCAUGCCGGGAGGUUUGGCGGCGGCAAGUAGCGCUGAUGUGCCGCCCAAAGGUGCAUCAAGGAACAUUUCCUUUACGUCUUGGCGGAACGGUAUGAAAGACAAGAAGAAGGGGAAAGCACCUGAUACCCCUCCUGUGGGCGACCGGGGUAAAUUUGUGGAAGACGUAGGGCCAAAUGCGAGCCCAGAUAACCCGACUGUAGAGAAGAAGACUCAGUGA